UCAACGACUCCAUGUCAACGUCAAACAGAGGAAAACGAUAAGAAAGCAAGUCAGAGGUAAGCUUCAAAGUCCUUCAAAGGGAGUCUAACAAACAGAGGAAGACGAUAAGAAAGCAAGUCAGAGCAUUUUAAAUCUCCAUCACAAUGGGACGUGUAACAGUAAAUAAGGAGAGUGGUGAUGAACUGUCGGAUGAGGUGUCCCAGGCUUCGGAGUUAGCAAAGUUACAAAGACAACUUCGUGUUAUGGAAAAUGAUAGAAGAUCCUAUGCUGAGGAGGCCCAAAAUUAUCUCAGAAAGCAACAGUCUGAAAUAGCGAACUUAAGUAAAGAGAAUAUCGAUAUGAGAACAGUAUUGAAGCUAGCUCAGAGUGACAAGAAUGAGAACAAAGACCUGGAUGAUACUGAGAAGCUGUUUAAUCUAAUAGAAAGUCUGGAUUACUAUAACAACAGCAUCAAGUUAGAGAAAAUGAGAGUAACUGAAUUAGAUACUGAGAUUCGUAAGGUGGAAAGAAAAAUUGCCAACAAGAGAAAGCAAAGCGGAAGUAACACGGAGAUCACGACAGAAAAAAAUAUCCUGAGGAAAGUCCAUGUUAUGGAAAAUCGUCUUAAUAAGGCUACAAUUAAGUUCAACAAUCAGUUAGCUGUUAACGAACGUCUUCGUAAGGAUAUAGACCACCUCCGACAGGAGAGGAGUGUAUUUGAUAACUUGUACAAAAAGAUAAGUAAGGAGCUCAAUGAAACUACAAAGAAAAUGAAUGACGUAAUCUCUAAUGCUUCAGUGGCCUAUGAAGAAAGAGAUGAAGCACAAACAAAGAUGAUAGCACUGAAAGAAAGAAGCGAAAAAGACAUUGCACAGCAUGACUCGGAAAUGAAAGAUCUGCAGAGGGUUAUUCACCAUGACAACAAACUGAAAGAGUUUUUCAAUGCAAAGUCAAAUGAUCGUGCACUGUAUAAAGAAGAAGAAGAGGCAAAGAAAAGCAAAAAUUCAAAGGACAAAGAUACUGACGCCGAAAAUGUACAAAUACAAACGUUUGAAGAAGCGAUAGAAAAAAUAAAAGAAGCCACAGGGGAAACAGAUAUCGAAACGAUCGUCGACAAUUUCAUCAAGAAAGAAGAUGAACAUUUUGCUCUGUACAACUACGUCAACGAACUAAACGACGAAGUUGAACACCUCCAACGUGAAAUAGACGAAAUGAACAAAGAGAUCAAACGAAUUGAAGCGGACGGUAUCAAACAGGAAGACGAGAGAAUAAAAGUUUUACAAGAAUUAGAGAUACGAGGAGAUAAAAUAACAAAGGAAACGGAACAGGGCAACAAAAAGCUAGUGGAAAUAAAUAAAACGCUAGACCAACUAAAAAGUGGUGUUCUUCAUCUGUUUGGAGCCAUAGAUUGUGACCCAUCGUCCAUUAAAGAAAUGCUUGGCAGUGAAAAGGGCGUCACCAAUAAAAAUAUCAUGAAGUACAUGGGAAUAAUUGAGGGAAAGACCAUGGAUUACUUACAGAAACAUGAAUACAAUGAAAUGGAGAAAAAUCCACCUCCUCCUGAAAAGAAAGACAAGAAAGGAGAACCCACGACUCCUAGUACACAGAUGUCAAACAAAGCGGCUGACCCUCCCCCAAUUUCCAUUAAUCCACCAUCAGCCGCUGAUGAUGAGGAAUUGGAGGUACCAGAAGAACCAACCGAUCUAAGGCCACUAACACACGACGAACUGAAGUUAAUAGCACAAAGAAAUAUAGGUAAACGGGUUAACACAUUGGUUGUCCCGUCUCCAACAAAAGCCACCAAGUCACCAAGAGCAACAUAAAGAAACAAACACCUGGAUAACACAGAAUUGUCAAUAAAUUGUUUAUCACA